CUUUUCUUUUUCUUUUCUUUUUCUUUAUUUUUUUCUUUUUUUUUUAAGUUAUAAAAGAAAAGCUAGAUGUCCAUAAGGAAACAAUCUCCUUAUGGCCCAUUUGUAGAACGAGUUUUUUUACCAGCAUUUCGUAUUAGUGUCUUAUUUUUAGCUUUAUUAGCCAUUAUAAUUAGUAGCUGGUUAGAGACAAAUGAUUCGAUCGAAAGUUGUGCCUUUAGGAAUACAAUGUCAUUUCAUCAAGUUCAUCUUUAUCGAAAUAUCAGUAGUAAUUUAACUAUACCUGACUCUGUUUCUUUUGGUUUAUGGAAAUCAUGUUAUUUUUAUGCUUUAAAUUGUACCUGUUCUUCAACUAAUUUGAAAUAUCAACCAGAUAUACCGACUAUUCUUCAAAUAGCAUCUUCUCAGCAUAAUGCAGUUCAACCUGUCAUGACAAAAUCUUCAUUUGUCAAAAUUAUCCCGCUUUUAUUAGCUACUACCUUACUUGGUAUAGCUUUCUUAAUCGGGAUUCUUAAGGCAAAUCAUCAUCAACAAGGAAAAUAUGUAUUUCGAAAAUUGAUAGUCGGACUCUUAUUUGUAGCUCUCGUUCUAAUCGUUACUUCCUUUGGCUGGACAUACGAUCAAUAUGCUAAAGCCAUUCAUCAGGCUUGUACAGACUCGAGUAAUUCAAUCAAUUGUGCUAAAUAUUCAAUUGGAAUUGAAGUCAUCAUCUUUGGUAUUACCAUAGGCCUUACCUUUAUCAGCUUGAUCUUCUGGUUUAUCGCCUCUCAUAUUUUCAACGACAACCCUACAGAAGAAGAAGAAGAAAAGGAUUCUACUCAAUUUUUUAAUCAAAAGAGACAAACACUAUCUUCGCCCUCAUUUUCUAAUCACGAUGAUAGAAGAUUAUCACCUCCAACUACAGAGGAUCAAAAUGAACUGGCUGUUUGGAACGAUAUAGCUAUGUUUGAUAGCAGAGGACAUGAUCAUGAUACAUAUUACGAUGGCUAUUAUAGUUCAAUAAAACCGUAUGAUCGUCAUUUAGGCCUUAAAGAAAAGAUAUCAUUAUCUCCUCCUCCUCCUCCUCCUCCUCCGCUUGCUACCACAAAUUUUCAAAAUAAUAUGCCAUAUAAUAGAUUAUCAAAAUCUAAUAAGAAACCUUUUACAGAUCAUCGUCACUUUCCUCCUCCUCCUCCUUCUUCUUCUUCUGCGGCUACAACAAACCAACAUCGUCGUAGUAAACCCGUAUCGACAAGAAAAGAAAGUCAUGAUUCUACAUUCACAUUUGGUGAAAAUAACAGAAGAAAAUCAAGUGUUACACCCAUGUCAGGCUUAAUUGAGCUAGUUCCUUGUAAUAAUAAUAAUAACAGUCAAAAAUAUGACAGUAACGGGAAUAGGACACCAACAGAUAUCUCUUCUCCUCAUCCCUUCCAAUCAUCAAUAAAUGCUAGUAACGAAAUGAUAGCCAGAAAUUCAUUUUGUAUGACACCUUAUUACGAUGAUAAUUUGAAUAGAUCGAAUUCUUCUGCAUCCGGAGAUAGUACUCAUUAUUUCCAGGCUCAUAAUAAUAAUACUGCAAUGAUCUCUAGAGGAACUUUCAACCAGCCAUCCUAUGAAGCACCCGUUGCAUUCAAUAUGUCACCACAAGGUAUCGAACAUCCUUUAAAUAAGAAAAUCAUUACAGAUAAACGAAUACAAAACUACUUUCAAAAGCGUUAGCCUAUUUUUGAUAUUUACAUGUUAUAUAUAAUACUUUUUUAUUAUUACUAUCUUAUACUAUUUAUUUAUUUAUUCACUAUCACCAUCUUCAUGAUCAUUUCUAUACUUUAAUAAUAAUAAUAAUAAUAAUAAUAAAUUCUUCCUUUAUCAAUUAUAGAGUAUUCAUUAUAUUCAUUUCUCCACAUAUAACUUAAUGAAUAUACAUAUAUAAACAUG